AUCAGCUCAGAUGCCGUCAAAGAGCAAACAGUCGUUGAGCAAUUCUGGAAGACAAGUGUCUAAUGGCCGUGAGGAGAGGAAACCUACGUCCCAUGUUUCUAAUGGUCGUGAGGAGAGGAAACCUAUGUCACAUAUUUCUAAUGGCCGUGAAGAGAGCAAACCUAUGUCUAAAAGUACCCACAUGCCACCCAAGGCAGGGUCCCACAGAUUGACUUCUGUAGCUAAGCCCAAUAGGACAGUAGUGGACUCUAGGAAACAGCUUGGUAGCAACAGUGGAAAUGAGCCUCGUCGGCCUCUUGGGUCAAAAGGUUUGCCUACUAAGAAACCUGCAGCUGUCAUGGAGAAGAAGGGAGCUCUACCGGGUGCAAAGAGUUCCACUGCUGGUUUUCACAAGCCACCAUCUUCGAAGUUGCAACAUGCUACUCCAAAGCAGUCCAUAGAAUCUAGAAAGAAGUUUCAUGAAUAUAGCAAGGGAAGGAUGAUCCCUAAACAUCCAGUGUCAUCCUCUAAACCUCAGAUGAACAAGGUACUGCCUAAAAUUGCAUCCCGUGCCACUUUGCAAGAGGAGCGUCCAAAGAAAAAGCCUGUAAGAAGGUAUUCUGAUGAUGAGGAUGAUGGUGAUGAAGCAGUCAGUAUGAUUAGAGAAAUGUUUGGGUAUGAUCCAAAAAAGUUUGCUGGUCAUGAUGAAGAUGAUAGUGACAUGGAGGCCAACUAUGCCGAUAUUAUGAAGGAGGUGAAGAGGAGUGCACUAAUUGCUAGAAAGGAAGAUGAAGAAGAACUACGGAAGAUUGAGGAAGAAGAGAGGCAGGAGCGGUUGAGAAAGAAGCGUAAGCUGAGCCAACGAUGACCAUAGAAGAAAUUACGUUGAUUAGCUGGGUGAAAUAGUUGAAGUCCCCCUUUGUUUAUUUGCCCAUUUUGUUGUAGUUCUCUAUUUUAUUUUAUUUUGUGUCAAGGUGCUGAAUUAUGGGUUCCUUUAUUUGUCAGUUACAGGAUAAAUAUUGCAAAAUGUAGUUUUUUUUUUUUUUUUUUUUUUUUUUGGGGUAUUGGUGAUGCUGGGAAGGUAAUUUGUAGCCUUGUAGGUGAAUGAAUCUUCAUUUGUGUUGGAAUAACAGAUAGAGUUAAAAUUUACUGUCACAACAAUGGCCGGCUCCUAACUUGGUAUAUCUACGCAAUGUCAUCUUCUGUUUAUUCCAGCUCAACCCAU